AUUAAUAUUGGGCAACAACACUUUCAAUACUCAGACCCCGAUCAGUCUUAAAUCAAGAAGACUCGUUUCAGUGAAUCUGUGAUUUUGCUGACUUUUAUGCAUCAGACAUUGGCUGUCAUCUGGGCUCUUACAUUAAACUGAUGGCGCCACCAGUGUACUUCAUUGUUCUUCUGAUGCUUCAGUCUGGACUCUUGAAUGGAGCUGAACCUCAAAACCUAAACUGUCCUGCUCAUUGUGGAGUACCAGGCACUCCUGGACAAAACGGUCUGCCUGGAAGAGAUGGCAGAGAUGGAAAAGAUGGGGCCAUUGGACCUAAAGGAGAGAAGGGAGAGCCAGGAGUGGAAGUGCAUGGACCACCAGGUAAAGCAGGACCACCUGGACCCCAAGGACCACCUGGACCCCAAGGAAUAAAAGGGCCACCAGGUCUACCAGGAAAUCUUGGAGGUGACAUCACAUCUCUAAAAUCUGAGAUCCAGCAUCUAAACACCAAGAUUGCCAUGAUAGAGAAAGUUGCAAGUUUUGAUUCAUUCAGAAAAGUUGGACAGAAAUACUUUGUUUAUGAUGGCUUUGUAGAAAGUUUCGAUAAGGGGAUUCAAUACUGCAAGGAAAUUGGUGGAGCAAUUGCUUUGCCAAGAAAUGCUGAUGAAAAUAAAGCUUUGUUAAAACUAUCAGUAGCCAGCGGAUUAAAUGUUCCAAACAGUUAUCCAUAUAUUGGAGCCACAGACAGAGAUAAAGAAGGACAGUUUGUAGACAUUACUGGAAAACCCUUGACUUUUACCAAAUGGGAUUCAGGUCAACCUGAUGAUUAUAUGGGAGCACAAGACUGUGGUGUUCUCAGAGUGCCGUCUGGUUUUUGGGAUGAUGGUGGUUGUAAUAAUAAAUUUCAUAUCGUAUGUGAAAUAGAAAUCAAAUAAUUUGCUUCAUUCAGGUUAUAAGUAAGUAAACAAAUGUGCUGUAUUAUUACACUAUUAGAAAUCUGCCUGUCUACUAUUCUACCAUGAAUAACAUUACAGUUAAAUAAACAAGUAAUAACUCUCUAUUAUUCAUUAUGAAAUUGUGUUACCAGUUUAAUUAAAGAGAUUUUUUAUAAUAGUCAAACAAAAUAAAAGCCUCUUCAUGGCCAGCUUCA